CUUGCGAACUGAGCGCAACGCGCGUUUCACUCAAAAAUAUAUACUCGAAAUAUAUUUAUAUCGGACUUCGCAAAACCACUUUUGUUUACGUGCGUGUUUAGAAAAGAGCAACCAAAAACUGAAAGCAAACUAAUAAUACAACAAACAAAUCAGCGGAAAACGGUUAUUAUCAAAAUAUGGCUAUACCGCCACCACCGGGACCACCGCCGCCGCCAGGACCUCCACCGCCGCCGGCGAUGGGUGGCCUUAAACUGGGCGGCAAGGGAGGAGGAGGAGCAGAUCCGCGAUCGGCCCUGCUCAGCUCGAUCCAGAAGGGAACCAAGCUGAAGAAGACCACCACGGUGGACAAGAGUGGGCCGGCGCUGUCGGGCAAGGUGUGUGGAGAAGGCGGAGGUGGAGCGGGGGUGGGAGCUGGAUCCAAGCGAACCCUCAACAACAACACCAGCACCAGCAACCACAACAAUAGCAGUAGCAGCAAUGGCCUUGGCAAUGGAACCCCCAAAUUGGGAGGCCUGUUCGAAGGUCUCUCUCAAAUGCCAAAGCUGAAGCCCGUCAACGGCAUUCGCGCAGCGCCAUCCGCCGGUUUAACAGCAACAUCGAAGUCCACAACGAACUCACCGGCUCAGCAGCGGAGCAAUAGCCCACCAGCCGCGACGACCACCUUGAGUGCCAGCAACGGACCCAUGGACUUCAACAUGGAGCUCACCAAGCACUUGACGCUGAAGCGCCAGAAGCAGCAGCAACAACCACCCCAGCCGCCGACCAACAACACACAUAUCAAUGCAACAGAAGCCAAUCUGAGAACAAACCGAGGACCACCACCGCAACCGCCAAAGGCGACCAACUCGAGUGAUUCCAUCUUGGAGCGCAUGAACAUCCCCCGCACAGCGCCGACCCCCUCCUUCGCCGCCAACUCCAGCGUUAAAGCGGCAUCGCCCACGCUUUCCGACAGCGGCAGCAACGGCAGCGGGAGUGGAGGUGGAAGUGGAAGCGUCAAGAGCAAGGCGGCCAACCUGAAUAUCUCGUUAGGCAAUAGUUUUGUAAAUAGUUCAAAAACAACAACGAGUGCCUCGACCACGUCCCUGAACUUCAGUCAAACGUACUCGAUGGGAUCGAUGCGCAGUCUGGCGCCCAACAAAUCCACAUUGUUCGGUAGUAGCGGUUCAAGUGGUUCUAGUUCCGGGUCGGGUUCUGGUGGUGGAUAUGCAACAGUUCAGAAGUCCUCACCUCCGUCGACGGCCGACAGCACGCCCUCGGUGACGCCCACUCCGCCACCGCUGCAGCAGCCGAUGAAGCCGGCCAUCAGCUUCGGCAAGCCCAACUUUGCUCCGAAGCCACCGGGCCUCAAUCAACUAGCGCUGGCCAACGGACAGCAGCGUCCGGCGGUGACCAGGCACCACAGCAUGAAGUCGCCCAGAUCUCCGCCCGCGGUGGGCAGUGUCAAUGGUCCUGUGUUCACCACCCAGCAGCAUUUGGGCACAAUGCGUGGUCCACUGCAGUUCCAUGGCAGCGAAUCCAGCCACAACACCAGCGCCGGCAGCAUGCGAUGUGCCCCCAACCCGCCAAAGUCCCGCCCAUCGGUCAAGCCGCCACCACCGCCCACGCCUGCUCGCAGUUUCUCCAACAGCAAUCUAAACAACAUCGGAGGAUCCACCCCAUUCAGUGCGGUGAACACUGCUCUCAUCCAGAGCUCGUCCACCACUUCACAGGCUCCUUCGCCGCCAAUCACCCAGCCGCCAUCCUCCUCCAGCAGCAGCAGCAGCGUGGCUGCAUUGCGCGACCAAUUCCGAGGAGGCGCUGGCAUGUCCAAUGGGGCACCUUCGCCACCACUGCCGCCGACGCCUGCUCCCACCUCCAAUUCUUCCUCGGCCACCGCCAGUCCCAAGUCCUUGCAGCGCGACAAUGUCAAACCGAUUAUCCUAAAUGGAGGUCCUCUCAAUCCGCCGGCGCCACCACCACACCGCAGCUGCCCACCUCCGCCGCCUCCACAGCGACAGUCGAGCAAUCAGGACCGAGUGAGGCGCUGGAUGUGCAAGACGCUGUACUCGAUAAAGAAGAUAAUCCUCAUAGAGCGCAGAGCGAAGCACGGUGGCCAGCCAGUCAAGGUUAUCAAAAUGCUGAUGCUUAACAGCAAGCGCAACAGUGGCUCCGGAUCGGGAUCGGCGCCAGUUCCACCGCAGCGUCACUCCUCCAUCAGGCCCAACGCCCCAUCGACGCCACCCACGCACAUGGCCAACUCCUCGCACCAGUUUGGCAGCAGCUCGGGAUUGUCGUCGGGAUCGGGAUCGGGAGGAGCAACUGCAGCCAGCGUGGGUCGCCUGGUCAACGACUUGGAGACCAAGUUCGGCAAGCGGUUCCACAACGUCACCGAGUUCCCCAAGCCGCCGCCGUUUCUAAAUAUACAAAAAGUCUAUCCUAGUCGCACGUUUAAGGCCACCAAUGCGACCGGAACCAGCAAUGUGAACAACAACAACAGCACGGUGGCCAGUAACAACAAUACGACCACGAAUCCCAAUCCUGGAGCGUCAGGAGGAGGAGGAGGAGGAGCACCGGCACCUCCAGUCCUGAAGCCGGCGUACGCACCACUGAAGAAGCACCGGGCACCGGCACCACCGCCUCAGGCGGGCGUGGCAGCCGCCACGGUGUCAGUCAUCCGGCAGUCGAGUUUCCUCUACGGCGGAGCAGCAGGUGGUUCCGGGGGCUCCAGCAGCAUACGACCGCAGUCCCAGCCGGCGGGAAUUGGGCCACGCAACUCCACGGUCUACUGAAACGAUCUGGGUGGAUAAGGGAAAGCUUAGUCUUUGAUUUUUGUAUAUAAGUGUGCUUGUGAAGUGUGUUUGUGGCUUCGUUGUUGGUGAACUGAGUGUGGGAGUGUUAUGUGCCACAGGCAAUUGUUCAAAGGUCGAUGGAAAGUGCGUAGAAUAAAGCAAACACAAUGGCACACUGAAUCCCCAAAAGAGAGGGCUUGAAGAAUAGGCAAGAGCAAUCUGCAAAAAUCCCCCAAAAAUUCGUUGGCGUCUUCCCGGGCUGCAAGUAAAUAGUUAAGGCAGACAACAAAUUGCACCCCACUCAAAAACUUGUAUAUAGGACUAGCACCGAGUUAGUGAAAUUAUCAAGCAAAGCAGCAUCUAUACCUUUUAUAUGCGGGUGUAAAUGAUUGUACGUACUUCUAGAGCGCGCCCCUUCGCAUAAAUAUCUUACUAGACUGAACAUGUUAUAAAAACCCAACAGCAACAAUUAAUUAAUGUAAUUAUAUACGAUAUUUAGAAUCGAUUACUGUACGACUUAAUCCCCUAGAGCAAUACACACAAAAAAGUAAGAGAAAAUGUUAACAAUGCAAUACUAAAGCACAACCGAGAGCAUUUCAACGAAACUCGCCACAUUCCAUUCCCGAUUUCUUUAGUUCAAUGUGCAAUACUAGGGUUCGUGUGAUAAUCUCGAAAGUAUUUAGGUAUCUAUCUAUCAUCUGUGGUUUUUGGUAAACGUUUGUUAAACUCCUUUUUGGGCGAUAACUAUUGGAAGUGAGCAUAAUACACAUUAAUAUUAUUAUUCUUAUUAACUCAAUCAUUGUUGUUGGACUUGGUGUCAUUAGAAGUAUUAUUCAGCAAUUGUAUAACAUUUUAUUCCGAAUCAAAAUCAUUGCAGUUACAAAUAAAAUUACGAAGUCAUUCAAAAAUUGA